CAACUGGCAACUCUUUACAAAAUGUCCGACGCUGAUCGUCUCAACGACGAUGUUACAGCGCCGAGUUGUAAAAAAAUAAAAUUUGACCAUCAGACCGAAAAUGGUGUAAGUGAUGUUAAAAUUCAAUUGAAAGACUUUAUCCCAGAGAAGAUAUUGAGAAAUAAUACAAACACUAAAACAGUUUGUGUCCAGGGGAAAUUCAUUUCGAAAAGUGGCGUUGCUAUUGUCAUUUUAGAGAAAAAUGUGUUUAAAGAGGAAGACUUGAAUGAUAAGGGUUAUUUUUCACCAGAAACUGUUUUGGAAACUUAUUUCCAGAACGACAUUUAUGGGAAUUAUGCGUGUUUUCCCAAGUCUUCUAUAAACGGUGUAAAAGCCACAAUAAUAUAUCCUGCAUCUGAGAAGCAUAUCAUUAAAUACAGUCAACAAGAAGUUCACAUUGUUUUAGAGACGCCGGAAUUGUAUGAGAAGUUGACGUUGCCCUUUAUUAAGAAGGAGCAGUUUAAUUUGCAGUGGGUGUACAAUAUUUUGGACGGCACGAGUGAGCAAGACAGAAUUGUACAUGACAAUAAGUGUGAGAAGGAGGGAUUUGUCCUGCUACCAGAUCUGAAGUGGGAUGGUCUCACGAAGGAGACGCUGUACUUACUCGCGAUAGUAAGACAGAGAGGUAUCAAGUCACUGAGGGACCUGAAUGAAAGCCAUUUGCCUCUGCUUAGAAGAGUUCAGGAGGAAGGCAAGAAAAAGAUAUUAGAGAAAUACAACAUACGGGACAGUCAGUUACGUAUCUACCUACAUUACCAGCCGUCGUUCUACCAUCUGCACAUACAUUUUACGUACCUGCGACACGAAGCGCCCGGCAUCUAUGCAGAGAAAUCGCAUCUACUCAGCACCGUCAUCGACAACAUUGAAAUGAUGGGGAAUUACUACCAGAAAGCAAGUUUGCCAUUCACAAUACGUGAAAUGGACAAUAUUUUCGACGUAUACGAGACAAAUGGUUAUGUACAAAGAAUUAAACCAAAUAUUCAAAAUACGGAAUUAAUUGAUAAGUAA